GUCCUUUUACUUUGAAAGCCGGAAGUGUUUUUCAGUUGGACUAACUUGUCAGUUGAGUUGCCAAAGUAGUUAGUCCAGGCGGAAGGAGGAGUCGGGAGCAGUCUGAGGGGAAUAUGUAGUUUAACAUGCGCUGUGUGAGUUAAAAAUAUUCAGACCUCGGUGGUUCUUCCCUCCGUUUGUUCUCUUGGAAACUCAUUUGUGAUUUUUAACAUCCGGCCGACAUCAUGUUCCUGCGCGGAUCUAAAAAGCGACGGUCGAACAGAUCGCAGGAGGAAGAGGACCCAGACCGAGGUCAGCCGUGCAUGCGCUGCGGGGAACAGUGCCCCGGCUUCCGUGUCCAUGGCUGGAGGAAGAUCUGUGUGCACUGUAAGUGUGUGCGCGAGGAGCAUGCCGUACGCUCAGUGCCGGGCCAGCUCGAGAAGAUGAUGACGAAGCUGGUGUCAGACUUCCAGAGACACUCCAUCUCGGACGACGACUCGGGCUGUGCCUCUGAGGAGUACGCAUGGGUCCCACCUGGGCUCAAGCCCGAACAGGUUUACCAGUAUUUUAGCUGCUUGCCAGAGGACCGGGUGCCUUAUGUGAACAGUCCAGGGGAGAGAUACCGAAUCAAACAGCUGCUGCACCAGCUUCCAGCCCACGACAGUGAGCCGCAGUACUGUAACUCUCUGGACGAGGAGGAGAAGAAGGAGUUACGUUUGUUCAGCCAGCAGAGGAAAAGGGAAAACUUGGGCCGAGGCGUCGUGAGGCUGUUCCCAGUAACUAUGACGGGGGCCAUCUGCCAGCAGUGUGGCAGACAGAUCUGCGGUGGAGACAUAGCGGUGUUUGCCAGCCGGGCAGGACACAGCGGCUGCUGGCACCCUCAGUGUUUCCAGUGUGUCUCCUGCAGCGAGCUGCUGGUCGAUCUCAUCUACUUCUACCAGGACGGACAGAUCUACUGUGGACGGCACCACGCUGAGAGGCUGAAGCCUCGCUGCCAGGCCUGCGACGAGAUUAUUCUGGCAGAUGAAUGUACGGAGGCAGAAGGAAGAUACUGGCACAUGAAGCACUUCUGUUGUUUCGAGUGUGAGGCUGCGCUGGGCGGCCAGCGUUACAUCAUGAGAGAGAGUCGACCCUACUGCUGCUCCUGCUACGAGUCCCUGUACGCAGAGUACUGCGAUACCUGCGGAGAACAGAUAGGUAUUGACCAAGGCCAGAUGACCUACGAGGGUCAGCACUGGCACGCCGUGGAGUCGUGUUUCUGCUGCGCCCGCUGUCAGCUGCCUCUGCUGGGGCGUCCCUUCCUCCCUCGAGGGGGGCUCAUCUUCUGCUCCAGGUCCUGCUCGCUGGGCGAAGACCCCAACAACUCUGAUUCGUGCGACUCCGCGCUGCAGAGCAGGCCACCUCAGCCUAGACGCAGUGGGACCACAGAGAAGCACCAGCUGUCACAAUGCGGUUCCCCACUGCAGCCACUAGAGGGCGUCAAACUCCCAAUAACUCUAACAAUAACUGCAAAAGACUGCAUUCAUGCUGCAGUGGAACACAGCGGUGAUCAAGGUGUCCACUGCACUGCUCCAGUUCAAAAUGGAUUUUCUUCACCCAGUAGUCAUCCUCAUCCAAGAGGCUCCUACUCACCUCUUCCUCACAUCCAUCUAGGAAAUGGUUUGGGUCCAUCUUGGCCCAGCGACCUUCCACAUUACAGUUUACUGCCAGGGGACUGUGGUAUCAAGCCUCCGGUCAGUGGUCUUCAGGUCCAGGGAGCGCUAAAUGGAAACGCUGGACUAACUGGUCUCAAUUCAAGAGGAACCUCUACUGCCAAGGACUGCAGGAACUGGGUGGAAAGGACAAAUCAUGUUAUGCAAGUGUUUCCUCCUCAGAAAAGCUCUCAUGGGAACCACCUCAUUUCGCCUGACUCCCCUUCACUCCCACCCGACAACCCAUCCAUCCUCCCACCUCCUCUGCCCGUUAAAUCUCGUGACUUGUCGCCGCGGGAGUCGCCCUCACCAAACCUCCAGCAACCAGAGGACAGACCCUCUGACUCUCCGCCCCCGCUGUCUCGCAGUGGCACAGCGAGGGUCAGCUUCAGAGAACCAAUCAGCAGCAGCUACUCUGUCGAUGAAGAUGAUUAUGAAGAUGAGAAUGAGGAGGAGCUGCAAGACGGCGGGGAAGACCAGCAGGAUGAAGAUGAGGUGGUUGAAGGUUUUGGAAGCAGGUUACAUCUACAGAAAGGCAUCCCGCCACAGAUGGAUCUACUGGAUGGAUCCUCUUACCACCAGCGGAGUCUGCGUCGAGGGUGGAGCCGUGGUCGUAUCCCCUCUGACCCCGCUGCUCACACGGGAGCGGAGAGACGCUCCCGACACUUGCGGCCUGACCGUCCUCGGUUGGACACCCUGGACUGGAAAGGCGAGAAAGACAGGAACAAGCGAGGCUCCGCCAACGCCUCCUCACUGAUCCUCAAGCCAGCCCAGGUCAAACAUGAAGACUCGUGUUCUACGUGCUCUUCGUCCUCAGACUCAGAGGAAGAGGGCUACUUCCUGGGACAGCCCAUACCUCUGCCCCCUCAGCUGAGAAAGCAGCAACCCGAGGAGGGCAAAGACGGAGAGGGAGAACUGGAGAGGGAGGUGCAGAGAGACUGGGGACUGAGAGGCAGCAUACGGCGGAGAAGAGCUCACAGUCUUGGUGCAAAGGACAAGGAUAAAAACUGUGCGAUUUCCUAAGCGCGAGCAGCUGGCGGCGUCAAAACGCAGCAGACUCUUUUCUAAAUCACGGUGCACAAGAAGAACUAAUGUCACUUCAUUAUGUAUUGUUAAACCCAACACACACCUGCAGACUUUUCCUGCAGGUGAACCACAGCCAUUGUUCCUGACACUCUACUUAGCAGGAAGGAAGCACAACAAAUCUCAGAAAAGUCGCUGCCUUAGUUUUAAGGUAUUGACUUCUCAGCGUUGGACUUUUGAGGUGUUACAGUGUAGAAAUCAUGUAUGAAUCAUGUGAGUAGUGAUGAAUGUGGAGUGAUUAUUGGUAGCAGCUUUGAUGUUUGGAUUAUAUUUUAACAUCCAAGAGAAGACUCACAUCUGUGUUGCAGUUAGUUUGAACACAAACAGACAUUACUGCAUCAUUUAUAGAAGCAAACUUAGCAGCAAAUAUGACCAAGAGGUGACCCCCACACUCUUGCAUCAUAGGUGUGCAAAAAACAAAAAAACAAACAUUUUUUUUACUCUACUGUAACCGUUAUUCUGUGCUCUUAUGUGCAAUUUUAUAUGGCUGUAAUGUUUUACAGUUAUGAAACUAAAUAUUAUGAGAUGCAGUGUGAUCUCUGCGGCAAACUGUGGUAGUUUAAUGCUUUGAAAAUCAAAAGGUGUCACACAAAAGAGUAUUUGAUUGAUGUUUGGAGAUUGACUUUGUUGCGUGUGCUUUAUAGUUCAAAUGAAAUACUACAAAGCUUGUGUACAUUCGUGUCUUUAAUCAAAAAAACACUUUAAGGACGUUUAUUUUUAUAUGCUUGGUGUAGGUUGCUGUUCUUUCUUGCUUUAUUUUGGGUAAAAAGACUGUGUGAGACAAUUUUAUGGUGAUAUUAAAUUUGUCUAAAUUGUCU